GCGCGCGCGACGCCGAUUCUGCUAUAUAACUGCUUUUGGUGUGACCGCGGCACCGGCAGUGUUUCUGCAGAAUCCAAGGAGAACACACGUCCAAAAUGCGGAAGGCAACUAUCAUUCUCCUGACUGCGGUUUUCACCAUUGUUGUAGCAGAAGGUCAGUUCUACGUGCCUCGCGCGUACUACACGAUCGACGCGGAGGGCCACGCCUCGCUGCCGGUGCCGCUGCGGCGCCUGCGCCGGGCCGCCAGCUUCUACCCGCAGCCGCUCCCGGCGGUGGACCCCGCUGAUGAUGCACAUACUGCCAAUGAAGGUACCGGCAGCGUGCGCGCCGUGUCGGGCCGCGGCCGCCGCCACUACCCCGCGCUGCCGCUAGCGGGACAUGGAUCCUUUAGAUAUUAGAUAUAGAUAGUGACAGUUUCAUCCAACUCCAGUCAUGUGGUCUUCGGUCUACGUGAUGCAGCCGUCAGCCAGUUUUCCACCAGUUGCACAUCUGCUCAAGCAGACACGUUAUAUUUUAACGCUAUUUAAAAUUAAAUAAGUUUGAGGAGAAAACUUCCGUUUAGAUAUAGCUACAGUGUGCAACUGCCGGAAGACGUAAUUGAUAGAUAUUUAUUGUAAUGAUAUUGUAGAUUUAAUAAACAAAUUAGAAAUGAAAA